AUGGCCCCGGCGGCCACGCACUUCCGGCGCCUCCGCCCCACCCCGGAAGCUCGUUUUCCCGCCCCCGCGGAAUGCGUCUCCGUAACCGUGGCAACACGGGGAAGGCCGCCCAGCCUGCGAUUUCGUCGCCUAGAGGCGAAGGCGCCUUUUCCCGGGCGGGGCGUGUCCCGAGAGGGCGCCGGCGGAGCCCUGGGGCUCGUGGCCGGUGCCGGCCUCGGGGAGGCGGCCUCUCCUCCGGCUCUGCGGGGCGCGGCCUCGGGGACCGCGCUCCGCCGGGCAGGCCGGGGACGGCGCCGGCCCCGCGGGAAGCGGAGCGCGGGGUCCGCGCGGUCCGGGGCCGCGAGAGGGCAGCCGAGCGCCGGGCCGGCGCGGUUCCGCCGCUGCUGGGUCCGCCGGCCCGCGCGCUGCGGGGCUCGUGUCGGCGGCCCGGCCCGGCCCUGCCCGCGGCCGAGCGGAGCGGCGCCCGGGCCGCCGGGCUCCUGGGGACGGUCCCGCCGAGCGCGCGGCCCCGCGGCCCGCAUCGCGCCCGCGCCCGCCCCGCGUCGGGCCGCCGCUCGCGGCCGGGUCUCCGGCCGGGUCGCAGCCAGGACGAGGGACAGUCACGCGCGCUCUGGUCGUGUUAGCUGCGGUGACCGCGCUUGCGCGCCCCGAGGCCCACGCGCCCCGAGAUCCACGCGGCCGGGACCCACGGGGCCCAAGAUCCACGGGGCCCGAGAUCCACGGGGCCCAAGAUCCACGGGGCCCGAGAUCCACGGGGCCCGAGAUCCACGGGGCCCGGGAUCCACGGGGCCCGAGAUCCACGGGGCCCGGGAUCCACGGGGCCCGGGAUCCACGGGGCCCGGGAUCCACGCGGCCGGGACCCACGCGGCCCGAGAUCCACGGGGCCCGGGAUCCACGGGGCCCGGGAUCCACGCGGCCCGGGAUCCACGGGGCCCGGGAUCCACGCGGCCCGAGAUCCACGGGGUCCGGGAUCUACGCGGCCCGGGAUCCACGCGGCCCGAGAUCCACGCGGCCCGAGAUCCACGCGGCCCGAGAUCCACGCGGCCGGGACCCACGCGGCCCGAGAUCCACGGGGCCCGCGAUCCACGGGGUCCGGGAUCUACGCGGCCCGGGACCCACGCGGCCGGAGAUCCACGGGGCCCAAGAUCCACGGGGCCCGCGAUCCACGUGGCCGGGGCCCACGCGGCCCGGGAUCCACGCGGCCCGAGAUCCACGGGGCCCGGGAUCCAUGCGGCCGGGACCCAUGCGGCCCGGGACCCACGCGGCCAGUACCCACGCGGCCCAAAAUCCGCAGGGCCCGGGAUCCAAGCAGCCAGGACCCACGGGGUCCAAGAUCCACGGGGCCCGGGACCCACGCAGCCCGGACCCACGGGGCCCAGAGCCACGAAGCCUGAGAUCCACGCAGCCUGA